GCGCAGCCGCGGGGGCUGUCGGGAAGUGGCGGCGGUUCCGCUGCGCUGUGACCCCAGUAUGGCCCCGGUGUGAUCCCACUGUGAGCCCAGCACAGCCCCAUGGCAGCACACAGCCGCUGCUGCCCUGCACCCAUUGGAUUCUGCACUGCCAUGGCUGCAGCCUGCAGCUUGCCCAGGUGCAGUCGGGGCUCACAGCUGUGACAUCUGCUGUGACACCACGGGGUGCACAGUGGGCUGCAGGGCUCUGAGCAGCCCCUCUGCUGCCUGCCAUGGCUCUGCCCCAUGCAUCCAUGCUGACUCGCCGGUGCCUCCGCCUGCUGACCCCACAGCCCGUGUUCCUGAGCAGCCUGCCUGGGUGGGACUGCCGACAGCCGACAGGGGAGAGAGCAGCCAAGAGGAGAAGGAGGAAGGAUGGGGAGGGCCGCAGCCUGCCUGCAUCCUCCUGGGAAGAGAGGUUGGCAGAUGCAGCGACACCGCUGUGGAGACUUCCAUACCAGGAGCAGCUGCAGGUGAAGUAUGAAAGCCUGAGGGAGGUUCUGCAGAUCCUGACAUCACAUCUGUUGGAGCUGGGAGGAGGUGUGCAGGAUCCCGGAGGGCUCUGCUGUCCCCUGCAGCCCGUGGUCCCCUCGCCCACCAUCAAUGGGUACCGCAACAAAUCCACGUUCUCUGUGAACCGAGGGCCGGAUGGGAACCCCAAAACAGUGGGGCUGUAUGUGGGGACGGGCAGAGCAAGAAAUAUUGUCUGCGUGAGAACUGACCACAUGAAGAACAUACCCCUAAAGCACAAACAAGUGGCCCAGUGCUAUGAGCAGUUCAUCCGCCGCUCCCCACUGGGCUCCUGCAUCCUGUUCCAUGAAGGUGGGCACUGGAGGGAGCUGGUGGUGCGCACCUCCCAGCACGGCCACACCAUGGCCAUCGUCACCUUCCACCCCCAGCAGCUGGGCCGGGAGGCUCUGGAUGCUCAGAAAGCACUGCUGAGAGAGUUCUUCACCUGCGGACCUGGAGCAGCGUGUGCCCUGACGUCACUGUACUUCCAGGAGAGCACCAUGACGCGCUGUUCCCAUGAGCAGUCACCCUUCCAGCUCCUUCAUGGAGAGCCACACAUCUUCGAAGACGUGCUGGACCUGACAUUUCGCAUCUCCCCAGAUGCCUUUUUCCAGGUGAACACAAGAGGAGCAGAAGUGCUGUACCGGGCAGUCAGGGAGCUGAGCCAGGCUGCCACAAACACUGUGCUCCUCGAUGUCUGCUGUGGGACGGGCACGAUUGGUCUCUCUCUGGCUCGCCACGUGUCCAAGGUCAUUGGUGUUGAGAUAGUGCAGAAGGCAAUAGAGGAUGCCAGGUGGAAUGCAGCAUUCAAUGGAAUUUCAAACUGUGAAUUUCACAGUGGAAAGGCAGAGGCUGUGUUACCAGAGCUGCUCUCAUCGUGGGAGGAUGCCCGACCCCUUGUUGCAGUGGUGAACCCAUCCCGGGCUGGGAUCCAUCACAGGGUUGUGAGGGCCAUCCGGAGCUGCGGGGCCAUCCGAAGGCUGCUCUACAUCUCCUGCAAGCCGGAGGGUGAAGCCAUGAGGAACUUCCUUGAGCUGUGCUGCCCCCCUGACCCAAGGAAGAAGCUGGAAGGAGAGCCGUUUACCCCCGCGCUGGCUGUGCCUUUCGACAUGUUCCCUCACACUGCUCACUGUGAGCUGGUGCUGCUGCUCACCCGCUGACAGCAAGGAGGUUUGCAGCUCUGCGAGCUCAGGAAGCGACCUCCUGAUGUCCUUACGGAGCAGAUGUGGCUGCGACUUGAACUUAUUUUUAUAUGAAUCUCAAGAAAUGAGUUAUUUUCCAUUUGCUCUUACUGCAGGUUGCCUAAUCGAUAUGGAAACAUAAUGAUUUCUGGAAGUCGUUUUCUCAUUGGGUUGCUCUGCAAUAGCCAAAUAAACAGAUAAACCAGGCUAAUUGCAUAAAUGA